AAAGAUGGUUGCCCUAGCAACCCAAGUCUGACGUCAUUCGUCCCGGUGCGACCCUGCUGCUGUGUCUUUGAUUGGAGGGAAACCCCGUGGAUGAGCGGGAGAGAUCAUCAGCUGUGCGGCCGGGAGUCAGGAACAGCAUCGUCUAAAGACACUCACAGCCCACACAGGAGCCAUGGCAGACAAGGAGGAGCAGGUACAGAAAGCCAAACUGGCCGAGCAGGCUGAGCGCUACGAUGACAUGGCUGCAAACAUGAAGUGUGUUACAGAGCUGGGUUCGGAGCUCAGCAACGAAGAGCGCAACCUGCUCUCUGUUGCCUACAAGAACGUGGUGGGGGCUAGGAGGUCCUCCUGGAGGGUGAUCUCCAGCAUAGAGCAGAAGACAACGACUGAUGACGAGAAGAAGCUAAAGUUGGCCAAGGAGUACAGAGAAAAGGUUGAGAAGGAGCUGAAGGACAUCUGCCUCGAAGUCCUGGGGCUGCUGGACAAUCAUCUGAUCUGUGGUGCGAAAAUAUCUGACAGCAAAGUCUUCUACCUGAAGAUGAAGGGAGACUACUACCGCUACCUGGCUGAGGUAGCCUGUGGCGAUGAAAGGCAGAGCGUCAUCAAGCGCUCACAAGAUGCCUACGAUGAAGCAUUAAAAACUGCUGAAGGUGAUAUGCAGCCUACACAUCCCAUCCGCCUAGGCCUGGCUCUUAACUUCUCUGUCUUCUUUUAUGAGAUCGUCAACUCUCCUGAGAAAGCCUGCGAACUGGCCAAAAAGGCCUUUGAUGAUGCCAUUGCGGAGCUGGAUAACCUCAGCAGCGACUCCUACAAAGACAGCACCUUGAUCAUGCAGCUGCUCCGUGACAAUCUGACACUCUGGACGUCUGACACCCAGGGUGAUGGUGAGGGUGAGCAAGAGGAAACGGAGCCGGCGGCUGAGAAAAACUGAACAUCGGGGGAAAUUUAAAACCAGAAACACACAUUUUUUACCUCUCACCAGCCUAAGUUGUGUGUGUGUGGAUGUGUUUGCUCAUACAUGCACAGAUAUGUAUGUUUACACUCCACUCACAAUGUGUAAAGUACAGUAUGUGUGUGUGCAGAUACAUAGAAGUGUGUGUGUGUUUGUUAAUUGUAUGAGCACCUCCACAAAAAAAAGAAUGGAAUAGAUCUUUUUGUUUUGGAGCAUUACUCAUUUUGUGAACCAAUGGAUGUUUAUUUUAAUUUAAUUUUUGUCCAUGGUCUAGUUCAGAUAAUAUCCCUCCUUUAGAUCUAAAUCCGCACCAUGCUCUAUGACCUUAUUCACUCUAGCAAAGUACUGCUGUUUCAGGAAAAAAAAACACAACUUUAAUUGACUGUAACUAUGAUAAUUUAUAUGACUUUACUUGAACUCAAGAUUUACAAUCUUUUUUCUAAAUUUUAGGUCUAAUCUGACUAUGGCAGUGAUCACGUAGAUUGCAGAAUUUCCCUUAGAUCUAUUAUUAUAUUGCUUGUAUCCAUCCCACCCUGUAAGUGUCUGAUUUAGCAGGUAGUGUUUUUAUGGAUGGUACAUGUCAUGGCUCAUCGGUUUCAAAUGUGCAUUCAGGCUGAGGAAAGGUUUUCUGUGUGAAUGGCCACUUGUGAAAACUGUGGUUUAAACUUUGGUUGAGAGGAUUACAUUCCAUCGUACUGACAUCUUUACACUCCCAGUGAAACAUGUAGACUGUAUCAUUUCCUGCAAUUUUCAGUAAGACAAGACAAGGUAAAGAAAGCCUGAGACAAAGAGAACAACUUGACAAACUGGCUUGAUACUGUAACUUUUGAUAUUUUUAUCUUUUUCGGCAGUGCAGAGGAUACUUUGGCCAUAUGCAGUUGUAUGUGGCUUUCUACUCUUUUCUAUUCAGGUGUUUUGUAUUUUCUUUUUGUGUAUUUUAUUCCCUUUGACUCUUUAUUUGACUCCUGGAAUGUAUGUGGUUCUCAGUAGUAUGGUAUGAGGGUUAGCUGUUCUUUGAAACUGGCUGUUUUUUUUCCUCCGCGUAGCGUUUAGCUUUGACCAGGUGAUUUACAGUAACAUUUACCUUUCUUGAAAGGACAUUGUGAGAGAAUAC